AAUGUGGCGAUCUGUCACAAUGUGGAAAGGAUAUUUCACCCGGGAUUCUCAACAAGGCAGGUAGAGGGGCUCCGGGGUAAUUGUUUGAGACAGAAGAAACUGACUUUUCACUUUCCUCAGUUGUUUGUAAAGUCCAUUUUGGGACCCGGAGCCGGGAGAUUUCAAAGUGAUUUGGGAGGGAUGAAAUCUCCAAUCCUGGGACCAGGUUUUGGGAAUGGCCAGGAGACUGAUUGGUCAGGUGUGCAUGGCUCUCUUCUAGAGUCAGGACCAGGGUUCUGGACUCCACCCCGGCAGACAGGAGUCAGGAGGGCUCCACCCCGGCAGACAGGAGUCAGGAGGGCUCCACCCCGGCAGACAGGAGGUCAG